UUUGUUACACCUAACGGGAUGGAUCGUGCCUUGGGAGCGGGUGGGGGGCGACACUUCAAGGAGCUGGAAAGACCUACGGUCCUGGCGGGGCGAGCAGGGAGGAGGCAGGCAGGAACCCUGGCGGUCUUGUGCAGUGGGAGAUAGAGGGGGAUGAUAGGCGGAGCAUACGGCACGCCCAGGCGAGCCCCGUGUGUGUCUGUUUGUGAAUGAACCACGUGGCAGUGACUCACUCUCUGGAGUUUUGGAGAGGCUGCUGCCUGCCGGCGGCUCGGCUCCCUACCGCCCGCCUUUGCUACUUUUGUCGCUCUUGCUCCGGGCGGCAACCGAUCUCCCGCUGCGUGCGUGGCGUGCCAGCGAAUUCGGACCCAGCCAGUAUGGAGGGAAGGUGUCGCUCCCUGGGCAGCCUCACUGCCGUUUGCUGCCUCCUCGCUGGAGCCCUGCUGCUGCCGCCGCUGCCAGAUAGGAUUGACAAGAACCUCUGUCUGAAGUCCUGGAAUGCUGCUGCCAGUCAGCUUCAUAUACCUGAGAGAUGGGCAGAACUUGUCAUCAGCUCCACCCAGCACUGUGUCGCACUCUCUGCCUCCCCACAAUGAGACCAGCAGUCUCGGCCUCUGGACGUCUGCCCCUACUGUCACCAGUGUGGAUAGAAAUACCACAGUCACUUCACAAUUAAAUGCCAGUAGCUCAAGCCCACCCAAAUCACUGGCUCCUGCCACACUCAGCUCCUUGAACACCACAGAAGGACCACAGAAUACAGAUCAUGGCACCAACAGAAGUGUUGACGUCUCUUCUCUUCCUAUCCCAAUUGCAAACUCAGUGGAAGCAAAUCAGACCAAUCUGGAUGAUGCAAAACCCAUCAAUAGUACGUUGGGGGUUACUUCCAGCACCAACUUCAUGGCUACAGAGCCCUCUCAGGCAAAGGAGGCACAAGGGCCAACAACUGCUCCCCAGCCAAAAUCUUCCAUAUUCAGCACCUUGAGACCUACCGAAAGGACAUCUGAAACCACGUUGGUGACGAAUCAUGAAGCUAUAACAGAGGAGAACACUGCUGAAUCCACAUCAGUUCCAAGUGCCAUUGUCACUGAUAGAAGAGUGGUCACAUUAGAGGCAUUCAGCACCACUCCUGAGGCUGUAUCCUCCACACUCCUAUUCCACAGAGCCACAUCCAUGGACACAGAGAAACCAGCUAACCAUGUGCAAGGGAAGACGUUUGUAUCGGAUACGAAAGAUUAUGAUAUGCCUAGUGUGCCAGCAGCCAGUCCAGCAGGUGAAGAUCCCUUGGUGAUAGCUGUCAUCUUCACUUUUGUGGUAACAGUAGGGAUCCUGGCCCUUAUGGGUUUCUUGAGAUACCGGCAACGCAGCAGUCGGCUACAGUUCCGGCGCCUCCAGGAUUUGCCCAUGGAUGACAUGGAGGAUACACCUCUCUCCCGCUAUAGCUACUAAGUAACUGGAAGACAAUUUUGCAUCCAGAUUCUGACAAACCAAGGAAGGCACAAAGCCCACAGAGAUCUUGACUGGGAAGAGAACCCCCUAUAAGACUUGGGAGUCUGCUGUAUUGAUUUGCACAUGACUAUAAAUUUAUGAGUCUGACUUUUUAGUUCUUAUUUUGAGAACAGGAGUGAGCCUGACCCAGAUCUUUCCCUAGUACCUAAUCUAUAUUUCUGUACUCAGAGGGUCAGAAUACUUGGCUCUGGGAGUAGAACUUUUCACAAGCUUUAAUGUGAUGGCUGCACUAACUCCUAAUAACAAUGCCAAGGGAGACCUUGCCUGGAUUCCUGGAAGUUGCACUGAGGGACUCUUAUACAAGAAGAAAGUGAAGCACCUGUGGUGGGCAAGUCGACCUAGCAUGAGCCACUGAGUGCAUUAUUUUGGGAAUGAAAAUGCAACCAUGCUGUGAUUUGGAGACCCAGUUGGCUCCCUCUUGAGUUAGUAUUUUGUUUAUUUAAAUUGCACUUCUGUGUUUCAUUUUUUAGCAAUAGGAUCCAAAGAUGCUUCAGAGGAUGCAGCAGGAAUACAGGGAGUAGUGAUCCUCUUCUUGCCAGCCAAAGUAAAACCAGGCUACUGCUGAAGAAUCACCCUACCCUGAUUCCUGUUACAUUCAUUUCAGUCAGAAUAAAGGCAGUUGUGAUUUAACCAAUAGUGUUUUGGAGAAGCAGUUUAUUCCAGGAGUUUCCCAAGCAAAGUGUGCUGCUGUUCUCUUAUGCGCAGAGGUGUGGCACAUAAGAUGCCUGGCAGUUAUUUUUAUGGCUGGUUCUUAAGCAAACGAGCCCAUUCCUGCUAGGAUGGUUAUCCUAGCCCCCAGCAAUGGACUUUGUUUGAUGUCUAUACUUAAUUGGAAACUAUAACUAGCUGUCCCUGCUACUUGCCUGCUUUUUUGUUUGGUAGGUCAGUAUUUGCAAAGUCCUGGCUCACAGGAAAGGUUUUGCUGUGAACACUUGGCACUUGCCGUUCACACAGCAGCCUCAUAGAGCCUUCAUUUCCCAACAUCUUUCUCACCUACUACCUCUUUCAGACCUGUCAACUUCCUUACCUGUUUAAAACCAUAGACACACUACUUUGUGCCUUGUCCACCAAGUGAAGUCUUGGGAUACAUCAAGGAAUCAAAUUCUGCUUCAUCAGUAUAAUACCAAAUGUUAUGACAUUGGCUUGACAAAGGAUCUUUGGCUCUGUCUGUCUUUUGCAGAACUACAGUCUGCUUACCCUCAUUUUCCAUUUGGGCAACAUGGUGACACACUCCUUGUUCCAUAGUAAGGGGAACAAUGUCUUGCAGUAGAGUAAAAGUCAUUGUUGCAGGGUGAUGCCUUAUUCUAGAUUGAAUAAGGAAAACUGUUGUCCAGACUGUCAAGGUGGUUGCCGUUUUCCCUUGUUUGCCUGUAUAGAGAUGCUUUUUGUUCCUUUGUUUUUCAUUCUUUGGACUUCUCCAGAAAAAUCAAGACAUUUUCAUGUUGGGAUUACUGGUCAAAAAUAAAUAUGCAUCCGGUUGGUUUUUCCUCUA